AUGGUCAUUGUGGUCAACGAUCUGCACUACGGGACCCUCCUGGACAGCAGAGCUUGUGCCACCAUGGCAGCAGCUGCCUGGGGCACCGGGCUUCUCUAUUCCCUGCUGCACACUGCCAAUACAUUUUCCCUGCCUCUGUGCCAAGGCAAUGCUGUGGAUCAGUUCUUCUGUGAAAUCCCCCAGAUCCUCAAGCUCUCCUGCUCACAGUCUUACCACAAAGAAAUUUCACUUCUUUUGGUUAGUGUUCUUGUUUUAUUUGGGUGUUUUGUCUUCAUUGUUGUGUCCUAUGUGCAGAUCUUCAGGGCCGUGCUGAGGAUGCCCUCUGAGCAGGGACGGCACAAAGCCUUCUCCAUGUGCCUUCCUCACCUUGCUGUGGUCUCCCUGUUUCUCAGCACGGUGAUGUUUGCGUAUCUGAAGCCCUUUUCCAUUUCCUCCCCAUCCCUGGAUUUGACAGUGGCAGUUCUUUACUCAGUGGUGCCUCCAACAGCCAGCAUUCCUCCAGAUCUCAAACUCCACCAGGGCAUGAUCACUGCAGCCCAGGUUGCCUCCAAUCUUAAAAUCUCCGAUGCUAUACUCUGCACUGGUGAGCACCAGGUCCAUUAA